AUGUUUAUACUUUUUGAUUCUUCUGUUUGCAAUUACAUAAUUGAGUCUCUGCCAACAAACAAUCUAUUUUCUGACGAAGAAGAAGACGAUGUUGAAGAUGAAGAUGUCACGGAGCCGCCUAUUGUUGCAGAGAAGCCGACAGCUGCUGUCAAGAGCGCGAAGCGUAAGCGCCAUGACCCUGGUGUGGAGUCUCGGAAGAGAGAACUUCUAUGUCAACGAGCAGCUGAACAUAAGAGUGGUGUCUCCGGUGAAAUGAAGACCUUUAUUCAGGGGUUGUUCACCUCUUUUAAGGACAUGGUGCAGAAGGAGAUGCAAGAGCGUUUUGAUAAGGUCGAUACUGAGGUGGCUAAUAUCAAAGAAACAAUGUCUCAGUUUAAGGCUCCUUCAGAUGUACUCGGGAAAACCACAGCAGCUGAGAUCCCGACACCUUCAAGACCAAUUGGAAAAGAUCAAGACAACUCUUCACAGAGUCCGGGUCCUUCAUCUACACUAAUGCAAGAUCAAGCUAAGUCAUCACAGACUCCACGUCCUUCAGCAGGAAAAGGAAGAGCCAAUGUGAGUGUGGAUCCAAGUGCGGUUCGUCGUAGUCCUCGGACAGUGAGAAAGGUAACAACAACAUGA